AUGGGAGGCCAUGUAAGUCCCUUGUCCACCUUUUCAAUUCUGUAGCCAUAGUGGAAUCGCCGUUUUCUGAUACGCCAAUAUAUUUUUUCAAGAGAAUUUGACACGCCAAUAUAUUUUUUUCAAAAAAAACUGACAAAUUGACACGCCAUUUUUAAAAGUAUAUUUUAUUUAAAAAUACAACGACGUAGCUAUAUAUUUAAAUGUAUUGAUGUCACAAAGUGUACAAAUAACAAAUGUACCAUUUUUAACGCAAAUGAAUAAUUGAUUUUUAAAUUUGCAUCAACGCAUGUUUAAUGCAUGGCUACAUGUAAAUACAGUUUCACAUUGUAUAAUCAUCAAAUUAUCGAUUCAAUAUCAAAAUGCCAGAAUUUUAUAUAUUAAUAUACAUAUUUAAUAUAAUUUUGAAUUCGUCUUGUAUUAAAUAUCGUACUUGGGUAGCAGGAUUACUAUGGAUUAAUCAAAUAAACAGACACCAUCCUACCUAGUACCUUCGUUUGAAACCAUCGAGUCCAUUGACCAUUUUCUCAAAUUUAGGGCUGCUAGUGAUGGGCGAUACCGAGUACUCGGUAUUCGAUACCAGCGAUACCACAAACAGCGGUAUCGGUAUCGAUUACUGACGUGGUAUCGUUCGAUACUUGCACCCUUUUUUAAACGACUUGUUUAAUUUCACUUCUUGGUUGAAUAAGACUUAAUGAACCACUAAAAUAACUCUUAAUAUUCCAAAUGUGGUGCACCAAGUCAUGUUUAAAAAAUAUUUAUUACGUUUCGAGCUUUUGGUUUACUUAUUAGCUUUUUAUUAGCUUUAUUUAGGUUACAUACAGUAGUUUAAAAUGGUUUUCCGUUAACCGGCAGGUAUCGAAAGUGGCCGAUACUAGCAAUUUAAGUACUCACUUCCGGUAUCGAAAAUUGAAAUUUUGUGUUCAUUUUGGUAUCGAAAUAGGUAUCGGUAUCGACCGAUACCGAUCUUAAAAGUAUCGGUAUCGGUAUCGAAUUAAAAAUCCUGGUAUCGCCCAUCACUAAGGGCUGCACAUUUUGGCGCGUAUUUGUUGUUUAUAACUUUAUAGGCCUGCUAAAUUUGCGGUCAGUUGACCCUGUGGUUCCCCAUUACUUGGUGUAAAAUUUAUAUUUCCUUCCGGGUUCACCGAAGGCAAAGCGAUCUUAUUAUUUUAAAAAUAUUUUAAAAAUUCGAUCGAAGGAUUCGAAGACAGUCAAUCUGUCAAUUGUAUGUUGUACAAUACGCCACGCUUUGCUAUCCUAGAAAAUCUACGCCACGCCAAACGGAGCACGUAAUAUUUACUUGUUUACGCCACGCCAAAUUAAUUUUCAAGUCCACAGAUACGCCAAUAUAUUUGGCGUAACAUACGGCGAUUCCACUAUGGUUCUGUAGCAGCAUUGUUUGCCUCAUGUGAAGUGCUUGUUUCACCCUCCAUUAUAUUAUUUAAAAUAUUUUAUUUGCUUAGCCUUAGCCCUAUGUCAGUUGUUUAAUCCUAUAGUUAUUAUCUACCUAAUUUUAAAUUGACUUCCUAUUAAUUUAAUUUAAUUAAAAUAAUCCUAUCUAAUGUUUAUAUGCUAGCUAAAAAUUUAUUAAUACAAGACUUUGCUAAUUUAAAUUAAUAAUUUAUAUGUAAAUAUUAUGUUUUAACUCACGAGUAUUUUAUCGAACUAGAAUGAAGGAUAAGAACCAAAGCAAACUUCAGCUCGAGGACAAAACAACAGCAGAAAACGAUGAAAAACACUUUCAACUUUAUAUUUUCUUGUUACAGCUAGAAACAACUCAUUUAAAUUCAGAUAUUUUCGCGCCAAAACAUCUUCAAAACAUUUUGUCAGGCUAUGGCUGGCAAUGGCAAAUUCGAACAAAAUUUUGGCUAACAUUUGUCAUUUUCAUGAAGCUAAAAAUGGCAUUUUUGAAGCUAUAGGAUUAAAAUAACCUUGAAAUCUGAUGAGAUUAACUAUCGAUUGGGCUUAUUUUUCAAAAAAAUUUAGCCGAUCGCCAGUAGAAAAGCUAACUCACCUGUUUUGGUUGAUGUGGUCAAGUUUUCGCGAGCGAAUUUAGGGGAGGCGUGUGUACAACUGGUCGUCUUCACAACAAAUUUUCUUCGCCACUAAUGAGCCGAAUUUCUUUAAAUUUUCUACAUGAGCACUGCCAAACACCCUCGUUAUUUUCCACACAAAAUUGCUAUUGAUCGAAGCCGAAUAGAGUAAAAAAUCCGUCGUUGUUUCCUCCCGAACGAAAUCGCUCGCUCAUGCGACAGCCAUUUCGUUCGAAAGCAACCUACAGCCUCCUACCGUCAUGCUUAGCGAGCAUAUCGCUAUUACGCAAGUGGUCAAUUCCUACUGGCUAUUGUGUACAAAGGCAUUUUGGCGCGUAUUGUCCAGGCCGAGCCAUUUGAAAUGUAGUUCACCGCGUGGUAAUGGACUCCCUAAUAUCUGGGCCUAAUACUGUAUGCUCACAAAGUGAGUGCAGAUUACAGAUCAAGUUUUAGAUGAUGCUGUUCUGGGGGGCUGCACAAGGCAAGCUGAAAAAUUGCUUGGCUGUGGUGAGAAUCGAACCUUUGGCCUGUUUGUCCGAUGCUCUACCAACUGAGCUACGAGGUCAAGUCGAUUCGAGUGUGUGACAUUGGCUGACUUGACCUCAUAGUUUAGUUGGGCGAACGUUGGACCAGCAAGCCAAAGAUUGCUAUCGCGGUCAAGCAAUUUCAACUUGCCCGGUGACCUAACCCUCCUCCCUCCCCCCCCCCUCCCCACUUUUCUUCAGGGCCAAUUUUGUAAUUCUUUCAAAUAUUAAAGAGGGGAAGAUUAGCCCCCGACCCACUCUUUGGCGCUGGCUACUCUGAGAGUAACAUCAUCUAAAACAAUUUGAGUUCAAAUACCACAGUCACUACAUUUUCUUAUCUAAAAUAUCAAGUCUGUUAUCAGCGGUGAAUUAACUUGACCCAUAAAGCGCCAGCGCUCUCUCCUUAACGAGUUAAAUCGUCUGGCGUCAGACGGAGUACAAUGCUAAAGUUGGGCGCGUUAAGGCGCAAUGUGAUAGUUUAAUGGGUUAAAGUGAGCCCGUAGUGAACUGUUUUAUUUGUUUUGCAUCAUAUUGUUCUUUUAAGAGCAGUGUUUUGUCAGGAUGUCAACAAGGAAUUUCCAUAUCUGUUUUUAGGAAUUCUUCGUGAACAAUAAUGCGAUUCCAGAGGAGUGCUCUGAAAUUAUGUCAAUGACAUCGUUCUCAGCUGUCAGGAGUACGUCAGGAUCGUAUAAGGUACAGACAGAUCUCUUGUACGGCAAGCCUGCUUCACACGAGAGAAACUUGCUGAGGUAGCUACCUCAGCAAAAAACUACAAUCGUGUUCUAAUCUCACAAAAAAUAUUAAAUGUUCUUAGGGAGAUCGUGUGUUUGUCAAAGUUUUGCCAAGAAUUGUGGAUAUCUCCAAACCAAUGCAGCGAGAAUUACGCAUGGUGAGUAUUUUAAUAUGGAGAGAAUUUUUACAGUUUGAUUUGGUUAUACCAGUAGUGCGACUAACCACAAUAUAUUUUUUGGUAUGUGUAAUAUUUGGGUCAUUUGUAAUAUAUCUUUAUAGUAAAAAAUCCAAUCUUGAUCAACUUUUUCACUGUCAAUGUUUCCGGAUAUGAUGUCAUUAGGUGAAUUGCAAAUUAGUUUUCCUUUUGGUUGCAAAUUAGUUUUCCAAAAAUUCACCUAAUGACAUCAUAUCCAGCAACUUCGACUGAAAAAGUUGAUCAAGAUGAGCGGUUUUUUACUAUAAAGAUAUCUUACAUUUCUUCUUCGAAUGAAAUUAUAUUUGGGGUUAGUCGCACAAGAAAAAUCACUAUCUUGUGAAUAGCGCCAUCCGUUCUUCGUACAAGACAAGAUUUAGACAAAACUAACAAUAGUUUUAUUUGUAGUUAAGGCACAUUCAUCACGAAAACUUAAAUCCUUUCAUUGGUCUGGGUUGUGAAAAUAGCUAUAUCUGGAUUUUAAUGCAACUUGGUUCAAAAGGAACCUUAGAGGUUUGUAUUCCACACCAUUUUUUGUGCACAUUCUUGGAAGUUUAGAUUAUAUAUAAGUUUGUUUUCAUUCCAGGAAGUACUUGCCAAUCCCGAUAUAACAUUGGAUCACCGUUUUAUUUUAUCUCUAGUCUAUGAUAUUGCCAAGGUUAGUGCUAUAUUCGGUAAAUGUUUUCAAAAUUACAGCGGUCCCGUGUUACAGCUAGUAUGUUAGCUUUUGGACAAGCGUACUUAUCGUAGAAAAACUGGCUAAGUUGGUAAGAAGACUUGGCAAUAAGAAAACGUGUCAUAAAAAACUUACUUGUCUUUAAGCCCGUUCUCCACUACGCGAAUUUGUUCGCGCGACGCGAAGCGAAAACCGAAAUCCGGCAACGUGAUUGGUCGGCGAAAAAAUUCGCGGCGAAAAAGUAGGAUCGCUUCCUACUUUUUAUCUGUUCGCGCGAAUAAAUUCGCCUAGUGGAGAACGGGCUUUAAAGAUGGUCACCACGUUUGCCUUUCAAGCUGGGAGACCCGGGUUCAAUCCUUGGUCGGACCUCUACUGAACGUCUUAAAAUAAUGGACCCAUUCCCUAAUGAACAAAAUUUUGAUCUAGACAAGUCUGUCAAGUCUAGACAAACGUUUCACCACAGCUUGAAAGAGCAUCACAAAAUUAGUAAUAUUCUGAAGUUUCGUUGCGAAAUGUUGUAAAAUGCGGAUAAUAUAGCACUGCGAAGUUUGCCGUUUUUCAGUCAUUUUGUAUUACGCACGGGAAAUUGAUACCGCUUUCUGAUAAAAGGUAUCAAUUUCCCGUGCGUAAUACAAAAUGACUGAAAAACGGCAAACUUGGCAGGGCUAUAUUAUCCGCAUUUUACAACAUUUCGCAACGAAACUUCGGAAUAUUACUAAUUUUGUGAUGCUCUUUCAAGCCGUGAUAAAAUUGUUGUCUAGAUCAAAAUUUUGUUCAUUAGGUAAUAGAUCCAUUGAGGAGAAAGAGCUGACUGACAUCAGUAAAUGGUUGGACUUUCGCGUCUUCUCGGAUAAGGACAUUGAAAUCAUAGGUGCCUCGGAUCCCCUACCAAUUGGGCAAUCCGUUCAUGAGUGAGAAACUCAACUAAACCUUACUAGAUAAUUUUAUAAUAAAUUUAUAAAUAAUAAUUUUUCUGUAGGGAAUGACAUUCCUCCAUAGCACCGACAUACGAUCUCACGGGAACCUCAAGUCAAGUAACUGUGUGGUCGACAAUAGAUGGGUGUUAAAAAUAACUGAUUACGGAAUACCAGAUAUCAGGUCGAGACAGGCAAGAUACAUGGGGCCCGAUAACGAGGAUAAAAAAUUUAGAGGUACAAUUUCUACCUGUUAUCACUGAACCGAGAGAAGAAGACCCUUGCUGGACCAAUAAAGAGAAUUGUUUAGAACUGCACUGAACCAUUGAGCGAUGACCUUUGCUGGACCUAUCCAGUAUAAAUAAAGUUAGUUUAGUUUAGGUUUCGUCCUGUAGUAACACUGGAUCAAUAAGCUGGACCUAUCCAGUAUAAAUAAAGUUAGUUUAGUUUAGGUUUCGUCCUGUAGUAACACUGGAUCAAUAAGAGACGAUCCUUACUGGACCUCUAGGAAGAACAGUUUAGAACUGAUAGAGAUAUCCAGUAUAAAUAAAGUUAGUUUAGUUUAGGUUUCGUCCUGUAGUAACACUGGAUCAAUAAGAGACGAUCCUUACUGAACCUCUAGGAAAAACAGUUUAGAACUGAUAGAGCUAUCCAGUAUAAAUAAAGUUAGUUUAGUUUUGUGUGAAUGAGGUUCCCUUUCAAAACUUAAUAAAAACGUAUCAGGGAAUAACUGUGUAUGUCAAUGGUCCGCCAAGACAUUUGCCAAUCUAUAGGUAAUUCACUUGUUUAUUUGCAGACUUAUUGUGGAAGGCACCAGAACUUUUAAGAGAGACAGAUCCCCCGCCAUGUGGCACCCGUAAAGGAGAUGUAUACAGCUUUUCCAUAGUUUUGGAGGAAUUUCAUACUUUAAAAUCACCUUAUUCGAACAGCGAUAUUUCUGCUAGAAGUAAGUGCAAUAUUUCAACUAUAUAACUUGACAAAUUAUCUUUUUAUUAGCUCAGACCCUAUUGACAAAAGAUCAUAGAUGCAAUAACCACUGAAUUGAAAUGAAGAAAUGCUUUUCUAUCACAGGAAGUUUACGCUAUUUUUCUAUGACUGAGUUGUGUAAAUUUUUGCCACUCAUCACAAAAGUGCAAAGUUUGUUUCGAUGAAACUUUGCACUGAAAUUUAAGACUAAAUUUAGAAAGCCUUCGACUCGAUCAGGUUCAGAUUAGCACUUAAAUAUAAUCUUAAAUAUUUGUUUUAUUUUACAGAUAUUGUGGACCGUGUAGUGGAUGGCGAACUGCCGCCAUAUCGUCCUGUUGUUAUUCACCCUAUCGAGAAUGCUGAACGUUUGCUGGCUUUAAUGAAAGAAUGUUGGCGGGAAAAUCCUGACAAGCGACCUUCGUUUCAAGAAAUAAAAUAUGAAGUCGAGAGCGCCAUGACUAAAUGUGGAUUGUAAGUCCUUGCAUUUGUAUUUUAAACUAUUCGCUCCAGUGAGCUCCUUAUAUAACUCGAGCGAGAAGUCGAGUCGAAAAAGUGAAGACCUACGCCCGUAUUGUAAAAGCUCACUCACACUCAAUGAGUGGAAGUUCAAUAUGAGCUUCCCUUGAGUGUCAAUGCUGUUUUUGAAUAGCUGGAGGGUGAGUAAUCACAUAGUAAGGUACGACACUAACCCUCCAGCUAUUCAAAAACAGCAAUGACACUCGAGAGAAGCUCAGAUUAAACUUCCACUCAUUGAGUGUGAGUGAGCUUUUACAAUACGGGCGCUAGUCAGUUUCAGUCCAUUCCUGUUGUUUUUGUCUGCGCGGUCUGCAAGAAGUGUGCCGAAAUUUCGUAUUUUGACAUCGAUAUUAAGAAUAACACUAUGGUUUAAUGAACUGAUAACCUGAUUAGCGUUACGGUCCGUUAAAAAAAACUGGGAUUAGCUGGGGAAAAUGGUAUAAAAACUGUUUACGACCUUCAGAGCUAUUGGACGUCAAUGGCCGCCAUCUUGGCUUCAUUUUUCUCAUUGACCAAAUAACUGAAGUUCUUGUUCCAGAUAUAUAGAGAGCUCAAUGCUUUGCUCUUCCAGUACAAAGUUGGUUCGUAUUCUUGGGUUUGAAUCACGUGAUGUUUUAGCAUAAUUUUGCUCAAGUGGUGUCAACCAUUGAACUGAGGUCAACUACACACGUAAAAACGCACAAGUUGUAACAAACCUACAGCAGACUUGUAGCAAUGCUGUUCCAACAACUUGUCAACAAGAUGUGUUCGCACUGCUUGUUCCCAGCUUGGUUGACAAGUUGUCAACGACUUGUUGACAACUUGCUACAAGGUUGUUGAGUUCAACAGACUUGUUACAAGUUGGAUUUUUUCUGUGUUGGUGUUGUGUACUCAGGUGAAUAAUAUGAUGUUUGUGAUGUUACUCUGAGUGUAUAUCCACACCGGGCGAGCUUGAAAAAUAUGCCCGGCCACGGUGGGAAUCGAACCUACGACCUUUGCAAUGCUAGCCCAAUGCUCUUCCAACUGAGCUACGCGGUCAGGACGGUUCGAGUAAGUGAUAUUUCGGAACAGAAUCUAGUUCCUUCGAUACCAACAGAAUCUAGUUCCUUCGGUUCGUUUGUUACAAGUUGUUCCGACAACUUGUUAUCGUCCUGCAAUUCAACAAUUUGUCAACAAGUUGUGAGUGACAACCUUGUAGCAACUUGAUAAAAUAACAGCAUUGUUACAACUUGUUGACAAGCUUGUUACAAACCUGUUGCGAACACAUCUUGUUGACAAAUUGUGAGAUUUUUACGUACAACUGUAGAAUAACAAAGAAACAAAAUGGCUGUCAACGCAUCUUAUGCAAAUGAGUUCUCCGACUAUUAUAAAAACUAAUAUAAAACAAUAUAGAAAAUAUAAAAGCCGUCACGUGAUGUCAUAUGAAACCCGAGAAUAUUGAAAAACUCGCCUCUUUAUAUGUUAAUUUUGUUUUCUUUAGGAAAACCGACAUCUGUGACAAUAUGAUAAUAUUGCUAGAAAAUUAUUCCAACGAGCUUGAAUACGUUGUUUCACAGAGAACGAGGCAACUCAAAGAUGAACAACAAAAGACUGAUGCUUUAUUAGACAGAAUGUUACCUAGGUAAGAUUGGGUAUGGGAAAAACUUGGGGAAUUCAGAGGUUGUCAAUUUCGGAAUUCAAUAUGAAGUUGUGCUUGGAAGGUCAAUAUGAAGUUGUCUGAUAAAGAAUUUACCUUCAGUUGCAUGGGAGAUGAGUGCCCCCAUGCCAUUUUGACUCUACCAAACACCAAAGAUUUUCUCCAUGUGCUAUAAUUUCCUCUUAAAACUGAUAAAGCUAUCCAAUAUAAAUAAAGUUUGUUUAGUUCAUACCCCAGACAAACGGGAACAAGAGUUGCAUGAGAGUUGAGAAGCGAGAGUUUGCAUGAGAGUUUUCUCAACUCUCAUGCCCCAGACAAACGAGAACAAGAGUUGCAUGAGAGUUGAUGAGAGUUGAGAAGUGAGAGUUUGCAUGACAGUUUUCUCAAGCGAGAACAAGAGUUGCAUGAGCAAAAACUCACGUCAACUUUCAUGAAAAUUUGAACCAGCUCAAAGUCGAUGAGAGUACACGAGAGUUGGCGGUCAAACGUGGGCGAGAGUUGCAACUCUCAUCAACUCUCAUCCCCGUUUGAUCAAGUCUUAACCUUGCAUCAUCAAGAGGUAUCCCCUACUGUCCCUCCGGAGAGGACAGUACAGAACUGAUUUUCCAGAUUGUACAAUAUUGCUUUCUUUUCCAGGUCAGUUGCAGAACAAUUAAAACGGGGUGAAAAUGUACAAGCUGAAAGUUUUGCGAGUGUGACGGUUUAUUUCUCGGAUAUUGUACAGUUCACAGCGUUGUGUGCCGAGAGCACUCCCAUGGAGGUAAGAUGCGUUCAUGUUUAAAUAACAGAGCUUAGACCAUUUGCAUUAUAGACUCAUCACAGCUUGAAAGAGCAUCACAAAGUUUCGUUGCGAAAUGUUGUAAAAUGCGGAUAAUAUAGCCCUGCGAAGUUUGCCGUUUUUCAGUCAUUUUGUAUUACAAACGGGAAAUUGACAGCCCCAAAGGGUAUUGGGGCAUUAAUUUCCCGUUUGUAAUAGAAAAUGACUGAAAAACGGCAAACUUCGCAAGGCUAUAUUAUCCGCAUUUUACAACAAUUCGCAACGAAACUUUGGAAUAUUACUAGUUUUGUGAUGCUCGUUCAAGCUGUGAUGAAAUUUUUGUCUAGACUUGUUGAGAUCAAAAUUUAGUCUAUAAUGCAAAUGGUCCACUGGCGGUGACUCUGAAAUAAUUUUAUUAGAGAAUGUUGAUGUGAUUUGUUAAUUUUAUUGUCUCAUUUUGUAGGUUGUUGAUAUGCUGAACGAUUUAUAUCUAUUAUUUGAUGAUAUCAUUAUGGAUUAUAGUGUUUAUAAAGUGAGUAAUAUGUUCACUUAUAAAAUAACCUUUUAAUAACGCCUGCGCUGAUUGGUUGAAAAGCGAAAAAUCCCGUGUUUCUAUAACGCUAUAGAACACGGGAAUUUUCCACGAACCUCAAAACAACACACUAAAACAAACGUUUUCGCCUGAAAUAUCGAUUAAAAAUCUUCGUCAACCUGAAAUUUUGUUAAACAAGCAAUGGAAAACACUUACCAAACGUUUUUUCGCUUUAAAUUCUCUUUAAAUCAACUUUUUCAGCGUGUUUUUUCCCAUAAUUUUGCAGUCGGCAAAACUGAAAAUUGAUGCCGGUAUUGUUGCUAGACAACAUUUUCUUGUUAUUGUGUAAUGAGAAUAUACUUUUUAAUCGCGUGAAAAAUAUUGUUUUUGUGUUAUUAUCACAAGGUUAUUUAAUAAAGGAAAUAGAAAACAUUUUUUCCUGUGUUUCUAUAGAGUUAUAGAAACACUUGUGCUAGUUUGGGAGAACUCGAAAUAACGUGGAAACACUCGCACUACGUGCUCGUGUUCCCACUGAUUAUUUCUCGUUCUCCCAAACUAGCACGCGUGUUUCUAUAACUCUAUAGAAACACGGAAAAUGUUUUCUAUUUCUUAAAUUCUACGCUGUUUCCAUAUUCUUAAUAAAUGGGGAACAAUUUAAAUACACCCUUUCACUAAUUAUGUCACAAAUCCCUCUUUGGUAAAUAACCAUUCGUCUAGUGGUUGUGACAAAUUUGCAGUAUACGUUUAUGCAAUUUAUCAAUGCUUUCAAGGUUGAAAAACUAUUGUUACAGCUUUAGUGCACAGUUAUUUAGCUAUCAUUCAAAGGUUUUCAGAAAAAAUAUCGGAGAGGGCGGUUGCCAUCCUGCCAGUGUGACCAGAUUUUUUCAGCAGUCAUUACCAAAAUUUUGUUCAAAUUUUACUAAAUUAAGAAAAAUUUACCAAAUGUUGGCUUCCCAAAUAAUUACAUCAUAAUAAUGCCAAAAAACAGUAGUUGCGUCAUCAAAGUAGAAAAAAUAUGCACAAAAAUGUAUCUCGAAAUACUUGUUGCUUUCAUCAUAUUGCAGUUUUUGCUAAUGAUAAGGCUUCAUUUCUUAGGCUUGGAAGUUCUGUUCAUCACUUUGAGCAUGUUAUUAAUCAGAUUUUACCAAAAUUUUACCAAAAAAAAAUUAUUACCAAAUUUUCUUGAAAAUUCACGAAAUUUGACCAAAAGUAAAACUUUUUGCCAAAUCUGGUCACACUGCAUCCUGCCCCCCCCAUCUCAUCGUUUGAUCAGGGCUUAACUAUUGCCCACCCACCACCAUCUAGUCAAUCAAUUUGCAAUCACCAUUUAUAUCUAUCUCAUCAGGUUGAAACUAUUGGCGAUGCGUACAUGGUUGUUUCUGGUCUACCUAUGAGAAACGGCAAACUUCACGCUUCAGAAAUAUCGUGUAUGGCCUUGGAAAUUCUCGAGAAUGUUAAGAAGUUUAAAAUUGGUCAUAAGCCUGAACAUGAACUGCAGAUUAGGAUUGGCAUACAUACAGGUAAGUUUGAAACGCUCUUUUUGUUAUGAUAAUAGUACUACUGUGUCAUGGUUUGUGUCCGGUCUGCAACUAGUAACAUGUGUCACCAUACUGUACUAAUUACGGGGUAGUUCUUUCUGGAUUUCUCGAGAGGACAGCUACGAAUUGAUAGACCUUGGGGCUUAAUCUGAUUCACUUUUCCCUCCGUUACAGGUCCUGUAGUAGCCGGCGUCGUUGGUAUGACAAUGCCAAGAUAUUGCUUGUUUGGAGAUACUGUGAACACCGCAUCGAGGAUGGAAUCUAAUGGAAAAGGUAUUUCCCAAUCGAAACUAUUGUCGAUCCUUGCCUUAUGGACACCUCUCUGAUACGGACACUUCUCUAAUGCAGACACCUCUUUAAUAUGGACAAUUUUCUAAUACAGGCAUCUCUCUAAUACAGACAUAGUCAUCUCUCUAAUACGGGCACCUCUCUAAUAAGGGCACCUCUCUAAUAAGUACACCUCUUUGAUACAGACACCUCUCUAAUAUGGACAUCUCUCUAAUAUGAACACCUCUCUAAUACAGACACCUCUCUAAUAUGAACACCUCUCUAAUAUGAACACCUCUCUAAUACGACUCCUCAAUUUCAAUUGCAGGCCUGCAAAUUCACAUGAGUGGCUCCACAAAAGAGAUCCUGGACGAGUUAGGUGGUUUUCAUAUUAAACAACGAGAAGGAGAGGUCUAUCUUAAGGUGAGUGGAAUCGUAGAAUGAAUUCAUAAAAUAUUUGAGUCCCUGCCGGAACUAACUGGCCGGAACCGAAUUCCGGUACACCCCUAAAUUGGUCGCUCAAUCGGUCAUUGAUACAGUCUGUGAGUCAAUUGAUAGGUUGGUCAAUUGAUAGGUUGGUCAAUUGAUAGCUUGGUCAAUUGACUCAUUUGAUAGGUUAGUCCUCUAUAUUCAGUCAGGCCGUCGGUCAGUCAUUGAGUAUCUAUCUAUGUAUUUUUCUAUGUAUCUAUAAAUCAUGACUGCUUUUUAAUUUCCAUUCGUCACAGGGUAAAGGUAAUUGCAUAACCUACUGGCUUAUGGGUGCAUCGCCUGACGUGCCUCGCUGUCCCAGGAAACUUAGCAAGAAAGCGAUGAAACCGCUCUUCCAAAAUUCCAAUUCGAGGAAGUAUUCGCAGCCAUUUCGUACUCGAAAGAAGACCCAAAUCUCGUUCCCGCGUGCGUCUGUCGCGUGAUGACGUCAUCCUUUGAUCUUACCGCCAUGAUAUGACAUCAUCCGUGGUAUUACGUCACUGUUUUAAUGGCGUAUCCUCUAAUCAUACCGACAUGGUGUGACGUCAUCGUAUGUGUGACGUCAUCAUAGUACAAGUCUCCAUACGACUGGUGUUGAACUAUAUCUGCUGAGCAGAUCAAAUUUUGCAGAAAAUAAUGAACUCGCCUUUUAUUCUGUAUUAUAUGUACGCCACGUAUGCUAAUGUAGCAUUCGCGCGAAGAAUGCUAUCAUGUCUCUCGCGUGGAAAUGAUCGCGCGUGGGUGCGUCACACGCGCGAGUGAAAUGAUCCGGAAGCGGCCCUGUUUUGCGGGCAAAACUGUGGGCAUCCUGAAAUUUGUUAGGAUAAAGUGUAAUAAUAAUAAUAUACAAAGACAGAACCUUGUGAAUUAUAAACGCAUUCAUCGUUUACAUGAAGAGAAAAUCAAAUUAACAAUUCCAAAUUUGAAAAGUAAUCCCUCCGUACAUCAAUGCAGUACGUGCCAAUGGAUUAGUUCCAAUCUAAUGUAAUUUUGUAUGAAAACAAACUAUGUAUUAGAAUAAAAUACUAGUCAGGACAAUGGUCAGGUAUAACUAAUUAAUAAUCAAUUAAUAUUAAUCGUACAAUACGAUUAUUGCAUCAGUAUUUUUGCCUAAUUUGAUGGACUUUGUCUUUGAUAUAUCUUUGAAUUUUUGACAAAAACAAUUUCAUAUCAAGACAUAAACAAACAAAAGGCAGCAAGCAUCCAAGUUGAAUGGUUAUGCUGAUAACAUUCAAAGGCAUAACCAUCCAAGUUGAAUUGUUAUGCUGAUAAUAUUCAAAGGCAUAACCAUCCAAGUUGAAUGGUUAUGCUGAUAACAUUCAAAGGCGUUACCAUCCAAAUUGAAUGGUUAUGUUGAUAAUAUUCAAAGGCAUGACCAUUCAGACUUUGUCUUUGAUAUAUCUUUGAAUCCCAUUUUUGACAAACAAAAUUUGAUAUGAAGCAAAAGGUAGCAACCUUAGUCUCCAUCACUGCUUAAUAUUAAAUAGCCAGCCACUUAAUUACGCGCAAUAGAGUUUCUUGUUUCAAAUAUAGAAAUGAUGAUUACAUGCAAUGGAAAAACAAAAAAAAUUUAAACAUUGGUCUAACCAAAUGCUUGCGUGUGUGAGACCAGAUUUUUGAAUUGCUUUUUCCACAACAAAUAUUUUCACAAAAUGUUUGUAAAACAAAAAGCACUUAACUCAUUCCACCCUGCCCCCCCCCCCGAAUUCCACUUUGCUUCCCUGUGUAUAUAUGUAACCGUUCCACAUAGUUUUGUUCGUAUUCCGUAGAUCAUAACGAAAAUGCAUGGUCUGACUGCUCUAACAAUUUAAUUAUCGGGCUCCUUUAUCAAUCUACAAUGCACGUAAAAACGCACAAGUUGUAACAAACUGCAGCGGACUUGUAGCAAUGCUGUUCCAACAACUUGUCAACAGGAUGUGUUCGCACUGCUUGUUCCCAGCUUGACGAAAAGUCGUCAACGGCUUGUUGACAUCUUGCUACAAGGUUGUUGAGCUCAACAGACUUGUUACAAGUUGUCCCAACAACUUAUUAUCGUCCUGCAAUUCAACAAUUUGAUAACAAGUUGUGAGUGACAACCUUGUAGCAACUUGAUAAAAUAACAGCAUUAUGAUGCUACAAGCCUGUUGCAACGCAUCUUGUUGAAGAUUUUUACGUGUGCAGGAGGGGUUCAGAACCGUUAACCGUAUUAAGACUACAAACGGUUGUCUCCAGUGAACGCGAAAGGCAAAAUCGUGCAAAUUGCGGCCGCUAAAUUCUGCACUCGUAUUGGCCAGCCGAAAACGAAGAUUCAAACCGGAAGUCACUCGUGUCCCUUUAAAUAUUCGGCAUCUGUUCGUGUGACUGGUAGUUUACGAUGCCUCAUCACGAAGAGCACAUCUCUUAAAAAAACCUGAAGAUAUCACGUGUUCAACAAAAUGAAGUUACUGAAAGUCCUACUCGUUUUCGCGGCAACAAGCUGUACGUAUGCAGGGAGAUUGGGUAAGUUUUGUGCGAAUAUUUCUAAAGAUUUUUCUCUAAAUCCUAAGGGAUUGGAUUUUUGAAGGGGACUGAAGCUCUAAAGCUUGAAGCUAGUGUUUGGGUAGUUUUGCAGUAAAGUGCCAAUAAGAUUCAAGAGUGAAAAUGCAUUUAUUUACUUUCCUUUUGUGAUAUUUUGUCUUGAAAUAAACAAACUAAGAGGUUAAACCAAUAGACUGCCCCCUCGAUAGUUUCGUCUUUGCAUGGAUAACAAGUCACGGACCUCUCUUGGUUUAUUGGAGAAAGCUACGGUACGUACUCGUCCCACUCGAGAAACCUUUUAAUUUUAAGAUGUUUUUGUGUGAACAAUUUCCACUGCGUUCGAAAAACAUGUAACAGAAGGGCUGGAGCCAUUUAUGAAAGACGAACGGCAUGGUCUAAUGUUUGCAACCAUUAGAAUAGGUCUCCCGCAUAGAGAAAACAAUGUACAUUGUUUUAGUUUAAAAAUACAACCAUUAAAUAACACAAUGUGGACUCGACAAGCCUACACAAAGAAGCUCUGCGUCCGGUUACUUAAGAAAUUUAACUGUAUUUAAAUGUUUAUAUACAGUGCCCCUACAACGCGGCGUUGUUUAGCAAAUGCCCCCUUGCUGCCGGACACCCGUGUUCUGUGAUGGCCAACUGCUUUCAUACGCUUUUUUGCGCCAAAAGCGGCGAUUUUUUCACAUAAUUUAACACUCCCACGCCGCAAAGGAAUCUCCCUUUUUUCCUGUCGUGAAACCAAUGCAUAUUUUUGAAAUUUGUGGUAAAAUACUUGGCCCGUCGCGUCGCCACAACGUUCAAACCAAGCCAAAAUCCAGCAUCGCAUUUUGGUCAAAAUCAAACAUUAUCAGCCAAAAACAUGCGGUUUAUUUUAAGUAAUUGAGGGCUAUCGAUAAACAAUGCACUAGGGCAAUUUCAACACACUUAAAUGCAAUCAUAUCAAAGCAAUAUAACAUUCAUUGCCGACUUUUAAAAUGUUUAAACUCCCUCCCGCCAUGAAGUCUGCGACACCCGUUCAUGUUUUAAUAGCCUUAACUUUUAUACAACAUCUAAUCAAUGAGCUCAAACAAUUGUAUCGAAUUUUAAGCCCACAAUUUGGCGGCUAUUGUCUCUGGCAUUAGAGAUUUUAAUUCACAAAUGUCUGCUGUAGUUCUUUUUAAUAUAAUUGCGAAUUAGAAUUCAAAUUAAAACCGUGAAAAAACAUUAGCGAUAAUUGGAAUGUUCUAAUUCGGUGCGAAGUGAGCUCGCGUGCAACAUUGAUUAUUAUUGUAGCAAUUAGGUAAUCAAAACACAGCUAAUUCUGUUUUUGCCCAUAAAAUCCACAGAGAUAAAGCUUUUCAAAUGCAUUUUGUUACUAUAUAUCGGCUUGGCUUGUAUUAAAACACGGGUUUUGUCUAGACAACCUGUUAUACCGUGUAGUGCAUUGGUUAUUCAGCAUUUCGUCGGUGGGCUGGCGAGUGCUAUAUUUAGAACACAUGUAAUUACAACCUUCGUGUUUCAACUGUUGUAAUUUUGAAUUCUCGUGGUUAUUUUGGGUAUUAUUUUUAUUUGUGGUUGCACCAUGAAAGGGAGAUAACAUAUUAACAUAAGUGUUUGCAAUCGCGUUUUAAUGUGCGAGAUCAGAUACCAAAAAGUACAAGCAAAGCUAACUAAUUAUGCAGACUGCGAGACAAUGUGUCUCACAAAACAUCGAAAUAACAAGCGAAGUGCUAAUAGAUAAUAAUGUUAAUAUUUGAACAGUGUCGUUUUUUUCUUGCACUUUGCAAAAAACUUUCUUAAUUAUUUAUUAAACGGUUAAAAUUGAGAACAUUUUAGUUUUUGAGAAAGCCGUCUUCCUGUCCAAGUUUGAGCUUGACAAUCAUAAAAUAAAUUAUUCAUUUGAAUAUAGAUUAUCAAUUACGGACCCGAAUUUUUGUCUCUGUUCAAUGGGAAGAGCUGGUCUGUGUUCAGGCAGCUGUCUCGGUCCACAACUGUGUAACGAAAUAUAAUUUAGUCGAGUAAUAUUUCUCAUUGCAAUUGUGGUAUUAAACAUCUUUUAAAAACUGUUUCUUUAAUUGCUAAAUUGAGUUAAUUAACCUAAUUUGAAACCUCACUGAACGAUUGAAUAUAUCUGUCAGUUUUAAUUGGUUAUUUAAAGCAAAAGCAUUUCUCCGACGUCUUUCAAACGGUUUGGAAAGUUCUGGUGACGUUCAGGUUACGAACUAAAAAUGGAGUUUAUUGGAGGAAACCCUGCCCUUGUUUUUUCCUGUUUGGGUUUAUUUGACUUAUUACUUUUUCAAAGUUAAAUUUUAUUAAGCAAAAAUGGCUAGCUUUAUAGUCGAAGAAAACCGUAAAGCGUUCAUGAAGCACUACACUGAAACAUAUAUAAAAGUGUCUUAAAAGAUUUCUCAAGUAAGCUACCGUAAUUGUCAGUGUAAAUUAAAUUAAAUUUGAAACUAACCCCAGACCCAAGUCCUUUAAAGUUUCAAACUCAAUUCACGCCGGAUUAGACAAUAGUUAGACUAAAUAGUCGGUAUGCAAACUUUACAGUAACAGGUCAUUUUACGUUGUCGGUACUUUAUGAAAGGUAAUACAAUCAGACUCUUAGCCGUCUGAACGCUGUUCAGCUUUGCAAAGCAAAAACCGAAAACGAUUCCCGUCGAGUGGACAUUCGAGACAAUUGCAAGAACUAUAGGAGUAUACAAAUGACAACAGAAUAUAUUCAGUUACUUCGUUUCAAUAUUAAAAGUUUAAAAUUGUUAUUUAUAUAUCUGAAACUAUACUAGUAUAAAUUAUAUUUGCACCGUUGUACUUUUCUUCAAUUCUUUUGAUUCCAAUAUCGGUUGUUUGUGUACUUUAACGAUUAAUUUCAGUUCCUUUAGGUUUUUUUUUCGCAUUUAAAGCGGUUUGCCUUAGAGUCUGCUUUUAUUAAUAGCUUGAAAGGCAGGUUUACUAUUUGGAAUGGUCUUUAAAUUUACAUUUUUUCCCAAAAGGUACAAGUAUCUAAUCCAAGUUUAAAAAAUUGCAACUGUGCCUGUGGAACCAGUUUUGCAACUCUAAACCAAAUUAGUUCUACUAUUGAACUGAGAGACUUUUUCAAAGUCAAAAAAUGCCCUAAAAGCGUUCCUGAAACUGUAACAUAAAACUGAUUUACAGUAAAAUAUUUUUCAAGUAAGUCUCAGAGAUAAAAUAAACUGAAAAGCUUUUCCGGCCCUAAAAAUUGGGUACCAAACAUUCACACCGCUCGUUUACAUGUCACCACAGAGCAGGUAUGUUAUUUAUAGAUGUGAUUUCAUCAAUGAAGUAAAGUGCCUUUUGUUUUACAAACAUUUUUUGAUAAUAUGUUUGUGGAAAAAGUAAUUCAAAAAUCUGGUCUCACUCACGCAAACAUUUGGUUAGAGUUUUUAUUUAUGUUUUUUUUGUUGGUUUUUCAUUGCAUGCAAUCAUCUCUAUAUUUAAAAUUAAGUGGGUUUGAUAUAAGUGGGGGCAGUGCAACACAAUAUAUGAAAAUAUAUAAUGCCCUGCCCCCCCUCCCCGUUUUGGCGGCCCUGAAUAUAACUAUGGAUUGUAAAAUAACGUGUAGUUAUUCUACGAUUGUAUUCUACGAUUGUAAAAUAACAGCUAGUUUCCUAUCCAUUUAUUUAACCAUUGCAAAUUCAGUUCACUUUCUAGCUUUUUAUUUGGUACUGCUACUGUCCAGUUACCUUCCAUUUCUUGAGAUCAGUGAGUAGCCCCAGUCUUUCUUUCUUCGAGCUGAAAACAAGAUGGUGGCCGAAUUUGAAAUUUUUGAAAUGUCCCAAAAUAUGACAACAAAACCUCACCUCUCAAGCUAUAUAAUACAACAGUGUCGCUACAUUUCUUGCCUUCACUUUAGGCUGCGAUAUUCCAUUGAGCAAAGCAGACAAAGGUCUGACAUUCGACGCCUCUUCUUAUGCACCGGACAGAGAGCCAUACCGGGCCCAAAUGGACGAAAGAAAAGCAUGGUGUGCAAAAAAAGGUGUCAAAUUCUAUGAUUACCUUCAAGUGAACUUGAGCAACUUACGCCACAUCUCAGCAAUCGAGCUUCAAGGAGCAGAGUGGUCAUUUAUGGAACAUUAUGUCAGAACGUUCUUGAUUAGCUAUAGUAUUGAUGGCACAAAAUGGAAAUUCUACAAAUCUAAAACUGCGUCCAGAAGUUCGGUAAAUUAUAUUUAUUAUUAUGUUUAUUAUAAGUAAUAACAUGACUAGAGGGAAAUUAGCGAUUAAAUUGCCUGACGCCGAGGGAAGAUUUGAAGAUCACAAAUCUUCCCGAGGCGAAGGGCAAUUUAAUCGCUAAUUUCCCGACUGGUCAUGUCAUUAGUUUGUAAUAUUAUGAUCACUGAGGGUAUUGCACAUGGUGUUUUGGUAUGUUUUGAAUGCUGUUUGAUUGUCUUAUGAUUGUGGGAUGAACACUUUUCAUAUAUACGCAUGCGCAGAAACACAUCUCUGUGUUCAUUCUUUUUAGGCAUGCGCAUAAACCGAAUUUUCUCCCACAAUUGAAAUGUUCAACUAAAUUUCCCAGGGAAAUUUAGAAGACAAAAGUGUAUACAUGGGUAAUGAGGGAAAUACGGGAUUUACAUUCCCUUUCAGAACAAUGAAAAUCGAGGUGAUCAUGGUAUUUAUUAUUAAUACAUUUCAUUGAUAUGCUAGUUUAAGGAUUUGAUGUCACCUGAAUAUAUUGUUCUGGACUCAGCAUAUUUAUCACAGCAUUAAUUGGGGCCAGGGCGCGAAAUAAUGGCUGGAGGGUUGCCGGUCAAGAUGACCAGCCAACUCAAUUUUAGGUUGGGCAUACCAAAUUUCUGGCCGGUCAAAUUAUUCAGCUUAAAGCAAAGCCUAGUGAAGAAUUCCCCUAAAAAUGUGACUAUUUCCUCAGUAUAGCAUUAUAAAAAGCUUUAUUGUAAUCAGUAAUUAAAAACUCCUUCACAUAAAACAACUUGUACUGCGCUAAAAGCAUGGCCUUAACUCUUAAGCUAAAAGAUGGCCAUGGACUUUGUGACGUACUGCGUGGGAAAGCUAGCGUAUAUUGAAGUUCUUUUCCCGCAAAAUAUUCGACAUCAUUUUAUGGUUCUUAAUUAUAGUACUUGACAACUUUAGUUUGAUUAUUAAUUAAAAUGAAGAUUAGUUUGUUCUUUUACCGAAAGUGACCGGUCAAAAUGACCGGCAAGGUAAGAAUUUGACCAGACAACUCCGCAUUCUGGCCGGACAUUGUCCGUUGACCGGCCGUUAUUUCGCACCCUAUAGGCGGUUAGUUGUAAAUAGGAUUAGUCCCCCGCACACACGUAAAAAUGCACAAGUUGCGUCAGGUAUGCAAACAAAUUGUUACAAAUCUGUUCACAAGUUGUGUUCGCACUGCUUGUUCCCAGGGCGUAAAAAAGUACCCGUAUUUCCGGUUCCCGACCGACCCUAUUUUUUCUGCCAACCCUAUUAUUUUUUCAACGUGAUUAACCGUGCGGCCCUAUUUUCUCCGAGUGGUUGCAGGCUGCUACCAAAAUGGCGUCCGUUGUCACACUAAUUAUUGAAAAAAAUAUUAAGUGUUGAUGUGGGUUAUAAGUGCGAGUCUUUGUCAUAAACUGUCAUGUCUCAAAUUGGCCUUUGUUGUACAGUUCAAGUUAAACUAGAAUCUGAGUCCGGAAACAAAGAGUUUGGCUAGAAAUUAAUUUCUGAUCUCUGUAUUUUUUAGCCGUGGACGGUAUGUGAAAUUUAUUUUUUUUACUGAUUCCAAGGUAAAAAAUAAAAAUUAUAAAGUUCAUUGUUCACAAUUUAUUAGACAUGCAUUCACAAAUUUCACCAAUAUUUUACCCUUAUGCAUUCAUCAACUUGAUGAUCGUCAAUUACCAUCUCGAUAUGGACAAGACUCGGAUGUUAUACCCAUAUUAUUUCACAUUCCCCCCAACACCGAACCAAAAUUGCUGCUGGUCUUGCAAAAUUUGAAAACACCUACCUUUAAAAAUAUAAUUUUAACAACCUUAAACAUAAUUAUGGAAAAAAUAAUUAGAUAUAUAUUAAAUAUAAUGGUAACAAAAUUAACAAAUAUAAUAUAAUAAAAAUUCAUAUAACAAAUUAUUGUCUAGAUGCACUAUAAUCUAGUAAGCACCUUUAAAAUACACUUAUUCAUAAACUGAAUAGUGACUGAGUUAAAACUAGUAUUAAACACAUCAAAUGAGUAGAUUAAAACACUAGUUGUUUUUAAUAUUAAAUUUAGAUAAAAUACAAAGUGAUAAAAGAGUACAGACUGACAUACAGAACUAAUGACGUCUUACGUACACUCAUCACUCAAUCAAGUGUUAUGAUAUCCUCUGGCUGUGUUUUGUGUGCUGUUGUUAUUGGUAGUGUAGCCGUUGUAUUGGUAGUACUAUUGUAUUGUUCUGGUUAGCUAAUGAUAUUGCUACUGCUAUUGUUGUUGUUGUUGCUGUUGAUCUUGUUACUGUUGAUAUUGUUGUUGUUGCUGUUGUUGUUGUUGUUGCUGUUGUUGUUGUUGUUGCUGUUGUUGCUGCUCUUAUUGUUGCUGCUGUUGUUUUUGUUGUUGCUGUUUGUUGUUGUUGUUUUUCGUGUUGUUGUUGCUGUUGUUGUUGUUUUCGUUGUUGUUGUUGUUGAUUGUUCCUGUGUAUUAUUUUACGCCAUAAGAUUGUGCAUUAUUGUUUCUGUGAUGUUGUGUUGUUAAAUGUGUAUAUUACUUAGUUACUUUGUAAUGUUAAAAAUUCUGAAUUUUGACUGCCUUUGUUUUAUUGAAUUCUAGUGAUUCUCUUCUUUUUUAAGGUUUGUAAACAUUACAUAACAUUAUUGUGUGCAAAAUUUGAGCAAUACAGAUAUUUCAGAUGGCCAAGUAACCUAUUUUGAGAGGCGGUUGUCUCAUGAGUGUUAAAAUAAUACUCACAGAUCAGGCUGCUUGCAGACUUUUACUACAGUGUAAUCACAACAUGCUAGUAACUAACAGUUCUGAAAUACAAAACCUAAUCAUUAAUUACUGCCAACUCUUGUGCACUCUGACAGACUCAAAGUCAAAUAAUCUAAAUGAGUAACAUUAACACACUACUGACUUUCAACACUAAUCCUUAGAUUAAUAACAUAGCCCUACCAAAACGGACAAUUUUGACUCAUUGGGUUAAUCAUGUGGACCAAUUAGUUCAAUAAUAAUACUAAUUAACAAAUUAGUUCAAUGAUAGUACUAAUUAACCAAUUAGUUAUAUUAUAAUACUGCUUAACCAAUUAGUUAAAUAGUAAUACUAAUUAACCAAUUAGUUAAAUAAUGAUACUAAUUAACCAAUUAGUUAAAUAAUACUACCAAUUAAACUAAUUAACCAGUUAGUUUUAUAAUAGUACUAAUUAACCAAUUAGUUCAAUAAUAAUACUAAUUAACCAAUUAGUUAUAUGAUAAUACUAAUUAACCAAUUAGUUCAAUAAUAAUACUAAUUAAAGAGACUGUCAGGUCUGUUCUGCUCGUGCACGUGUUUUUUUUUACAUUUUUUGUUUCAAACAAUAGAUAAUUUAAUUAAAAUUCCGAUCUAUGGACGCACAGAUCGGAAUAUUAAUUAAAUAAUCUAUUGUUUGAAACAAAAAUGUAAAAUUAACCAAUUAGGUGAAUAAUAAUACUAAUAACUAACAAUAUAGGAUUUAUAUUUUGUAAUUGCAAGACUCAUUGCGUGCUUGUUACGACAUAUAGCGCUUGGAAAUUUUAAUUUUAGAGACAAUUUUUCAUCCAAGUAGAAACAUAGCAAACAUUUUGUAAUGUGAAUUCUGUCUUUUCCCUUACUCAGCAGAUAUUUACUGGCAACAGCGACGCCUCUGACCGACGUUUAAACGAAAUCCACCCCGCAUUCGUUGCAAAAUAUGUCAGGAUCUUUCCAUUGUCCUUCAAGAACAAAAUGUGUAUGAAGGUUGAAGUGUAUGGCUGCAACGAAACAGUUGGUAAGCAUAUUAACAAUGUGCAGGGUUGGGAAGUAUUUUACUCUCUGGGACUGCAAGAGAACGUUGAAAAAAAUUUCUCCAAAUAAUCAAGUAAAUCGACACUUGGACACUGUAACUGUGUGACGACACUAACAAUUUGUCAAACUGAAUGUCAUGCUAUAUUCUAAUAGGGGAAAAAAAUUCAGUGCAUUGCGAAUCCUAAUAAUAGUUUUAGGAAUAUGACAUAAAACUAAUCAAGGGUUUGAUCUUAAGGUAAAUACAGAUGCCAAAAAAGGGCACUACCAGUGGGAGAGGCACUAUCAGUGGGAGAGGCGCUAUCAGAGGGUCUCUUCUCCUCUGGAAAAGUUUAAAAAUCUUGUGUCUCACAUUGGCUAAAAAUUCAUUUGCCCUACAACAUUUGGCACAUCAUUCUAUAGUUUAUACAUUUAUACAAUAUCGCACUAUUACGAUGGAUGCACUUAUAAUUGUAUUUCUGAGCUCACACCUACAGCAUUUGUUCACCCCUACCAUCUUUUGGAAUGAAUUUUGAUUUAAAUUGUUAAAACUUGUUUCUAUCAGAUUGUACUCACGUGAUCAAGUUAGGUGAAGACCAAAGAGUGACGAUAAAGACGCCCUCCUACCCACUCCCCUAUCGCAAUGAUGCGCACUGCAACUGGUUGGUCUACCUACCUAAACCUGAAAUCCCAGUGUCGAUUGUGGCGAUAGACUUCGAUGUUGGAGGCUCCGCAUUAGACGAAAUAUCUUGCGCAAACGACGUGGUGAAAGUGUACAGGAAUCUGCAUCCGUUUUCGAAGUACUUGAUCGGUGCUUACUGUAACAACAGCAAGAAUGUGAUGCCAAGAGAGGUGAAACGGCCUACAGAUUCUCUCAGAAUUUCUUUCACUGGAGGAGAUAACCAUAUUGCAGGCCAUAGAGGAUUUUCGCUCUUGUUGUGGGCGUCGCAAGAAGGUACCGUACAAUCUUUAGAACGUUUAAGAAUCGCUAUCUUCGAAUUUAUUUUUUAUCAUUUUUAUUUAAAACUUGAUUUAAUGAUGUUAGCCCCGUCAGCAAGAGUUUGUUUCGUUGUUUCAUUCACUAUGCAUAUGUCAAAAUUAAUUCACCCCACUUUAAGUAGUGAUUUAUUCGUAUGAGAUGUCAUUUCAAAUCCUCCAAUUCGGACUGGAUUAGAUUUCAAAUCCUCGCAUUUUGAUCCAGUCCUUGGACUCCUGGAUCAAAAUUAAUUCACCCCACUUUAUGUAGUGAUUUAUUCGUAUGAGAUGUCAUUUCAAAUCCUCCAAUUCGGACUGGAUUAGAUUUCAAGUCCUCGCAUUUUGAUCCAGUCCUUGGACUCCUGGAUCAAAAUUAAUUUACCUCACUUUAAGUAGUGAUUUAUUCGUAUGAGAUGUCAUUUCAAAUCCUCCAAUUCGGACUGGAUUAGAUUUCAAAUCCUCGCAUUUUGAUCCAGUCCUUGGACUCCUGGAUCAAAAUUAAUUCACCCCACUUUAUGUAGUGAUUUAUUCGUAUGAGAUGUCAUUUCAAAUCCUCCAAUUCGGACUGGAUUAGAUUUCAAGUCCUCGCAUUUUGAUCCAGUCCUUGGACUCCUGGAUCAAAAUUAAUUUACCUCACUUUAAGUAGUGAUUUAUUCGUAUGAGAUGUCAUUUCAAAUCCUCCAAUUCGGACUGGAUUAGAUUUCAAAUCCUCGCAUUUUGAUCCAGUCCUUGGACUCCUGGAUCAAAAUUAAUUCACCCCACUUUAUGUAGUGAUUUAUUCGUAUGAGAUGUCAUUUCAAAUCCUCCAAUUCGGACUGGAUUAGAUUUCAAGUCCUCGCAUUUUGAUCCAGUCCUUGGACUCCUGGAUCAAAAUUAAUUUACCUCACUUUAAGUAGUGAUUUAUUCGUAUGAGAUGUCAUUUCAAAUCCUCCAAUUCGGACUGGAUUAGAUUUCAAAUCCUCGCAUUUUGAUCCAGUCCUUGGACUCCUGGAUCAAAAUUAAUUUACCUCACUUUAUGUAGUGAUUUAUUCAUAUGAGAUGUCAUUUCAAAUCCUCCAAUUCGGACUGGACUAGAUUUCAAGUCCUCAGGCUUGAUCAAAUUGCGCGGCCUUGAAAUCUAGUCCAGUCCUCAUAGUCUGAAUUAAAAUAUUACUACAAGAUCGCAGUGUGACGCAGCUUAUCGAGUAGCCGUUGAGUUAAACCUUUUUUAAGGGCAUAAAUUGAUGGAACCUGUCUAACAUUAGGCAGAAGUACAUUCCAUAACUUAGCUCCGCUGUAUUCGGACUUUUUUGAGAAAUUAUUUUUUCGGCAUUGGAAGUGACAGAUUUAUAUUAUUAUUUCUGAUUUAUUUUAUUAUGCUGUUUUUGGGUAUCACUUCUCAAAAUAACAUUUGUUUCGAAUUGAGAGCAGUGUGGUUAUUAUAAAGAAAGCUAGACACAUAAAUAAGCUGCCGUGUCUGAAAUAUCUAAUUGGCAACCAUACCAGCUCAUUCUGAAAUAGUGCCCACUCUGGAGUCCACACUUUUGAGAUAUCCUUCAGGUAGUUCAAACACAAACCACCACGGCUUAUUGUAAAAUGCUUCCUUGGAGCCAUACGUUUGAGAUAUCAUAUAUUUAAUACAUUUCAGACUAUAAGACAGCGAAGGCAUGCUGGAACUCUACGAUCACUUUGGACUGUAGCGAUGCUGAACAGGAUAUCGAAGUGAUCUCUGCAUUUUACGGUCGUCGUCCAAACUCCCCCGUAUGCCGUGUAGAAAAAAAUGGAACGAAUGGAACUACGGUGAAUGCUACCUUCUACAAAGACUCCUGUAAGGCGCCUGAUGUUCUGCCUAAGUUACAGACCAUUUGUGAUUACCGUAAUGUGUGCAAGAUCGUGAUUAAUGAUGAGAACUUUCCUCAUGGCUGUACCUCUGGAGACCCUCUCGAGAUGUUUGUUGUAUACCAGUGUAAUGUUACUAAACGUAAGUAUAUUAUUUAGUACCUAAAACUAAUCUGAACCAAACCUAGUCUAUACUGACUAGCUCUAUAAACUCCAGAAUAGUUAUUCUUUAACAGGCCAUUGUUACUGAAGGAGGAAUCCUUAAAUAAACUAACAUUUACUGAACUAACUUUAUUUAUACUGGGAUAGCUCUAUCCGUUUCUGAACCGAUCUUUCUAAAGUUAAACAAAGGCCAUCUCUUAUUGGUUUUGUAUUCAGUAUUACACUGUCUAACUUUAAUUAUACAGUAGACAAAAAAUUGAGUUCAAUAACACGUUUAUCGUACAUUUCAUGCAACUCUUUUACAACGUAAGCUUGAAAUAACGUGAUAUGAUAAUAUCCACACACUUGAUUUUUUCCUAGAAAUUUCGACAACUUCAAUGCAUACUACAAUCACGUCAACAAUGAAACCACAUUCUACUUUAUUAAGUUCAUCAGACACCCAUGGUAAUUAACAAAUAGAUUAAUCUCUUAUUGGUUCUGUAUGUGCAGUACCACAUUGUCUAACUUUUGUUAUACAGUAGACAAAAAUUGAGUUCAAUAACAACGUUUAUCGUAAAUUUUAUGCAACUCUUUUGCAACGUAAGCUUGAAAUAACGUGAUAUGAUAAUAUCCACACACUUGAUUUUUUCCUAGAAAUUUCGACAACUUCAAUGCAUACUACAAUCACGUCAACAAUGAAACCACAUUCUACUUUAUUAAGUUCAUCAGACACCCAUGGUAAUUAACAAAUAGAUUAAUCUCUUAUUGGUUCUGUAUGUGCAGUACCACAUUGUCUAACUUUUGUUAUACAGUAGACAAAAAUUGAGUUCAAUAACAACGUUUAUCGUAAAUUUUAUGCAACUCUUUUGCAACGUAAGCUUGAAAUAACGUGAUAUGAUAAUAUCCACACACUUGAUUUUUUCCUAGAAAUUUCGACAACUUCAAUGCAUACUACAAUCACGUCAACAACGAAACAGCAUUCUACUUUAUUAAGUUCGUCCGACACGGCAUUAACCCAUGGUAAUGAACAAAUAGAUUAAUCCAUUAUAACAACCAUAACUAGAGGGCACUCAGAGACUGCAUACCUCCGCCCGUUACUCGGAAGUGAAAGGCAACCUUGGAAUUUCCUAAGAAAUCCACUUUACAAUUCUUAAGCAUAAAAGAUUUCAGGCCCCCGCGAAUUGAAAUCGAAUUGCUAAUAGAACAUAUUACUGUUGUUGUGCUGUACAGUACUUGUAAAAUAAAAACUUAUUAAGUGUCAUUAAAUAAAUGCAUAAAUUUUGCUUUAUGCACUCGCGCGUGCAGUAAUUUUCACAGUUGUGCUAUUUUAAAUUCCCAGGCAGCUAAAAUCUUUUGUCUUUAAAACAAUGUCGAUUUCUUGGGAAAUUCCGAGGUUGCGUUCUUUUUAUACACCCUGUAUUGAAGUAAUCUAAUGUUGUUAGAAUUUGAAUGGACUGGCACUUUGCUGAACGUAAUAAUGCGUAACUCCGUAAGCCUUGUUUUAGACAUUGAAUUUCGGUCGCGUGAAAUGCAACUAAGACAAUAGAUAAUGAAGGCCGAAGCUUAAUGAGGUUUAUCAUCUCAUUAUUGUCUUAGCACUGAGUGCAUAAAUUAUACAUGUCCUAAUUACGCAUUCAGUAAUAUUUUUUGUUAAUUGACCGGGAAAAGCAAGACAAAAUUUUGUUCAUUUCUCGUUCAAUUUUUAACCAAAUUCAACCAAAUUUUAAUCAGUUCUUCCUUAGCCGAUGGGAAAUGCAUUCAAAAAAUUUCGUACGGAUAUGUUUGGUAUUUCUUGAGUUAUCGUGCUCACAGACAAACACACACACAUACACACACACACACAUACACACACACACACAUACACACACACACACAUACACACACACAUACACACACACACACACACAUACAAACCCAGAUGAUUACAUAACCUCCUGGCGGAGGUAAUAAUUAAUCCAUAUAUUAACAACAAGAAUUUAAAUAUGAUGGUUUCUUACUCAUCACAUUAAUCCUCAUAUACUAAUCCUAACUUAAUCCUAAGCCGUAAUCUUAAUCUUAAACUUAAUCCUAACAUAAUCCUACACACGGAAAAUUCUCAGUCUGAUGAUGCCAUCAAUCUUUUUACAAGUUGUUAACAGCUUAAUUGUUCUAAACUUAAUUGUUACAACAACUGGGAACAAGCAGUGCGAACACAAAUUGUUGACAGCUUGUGAACAGAUUUGUAACAACUUGUUUGCAGACCUGUAACAACUUGUGCGUUUUUACAUGUGUAAUCUUUGCCCUUCUGCUUACCCUAUAGUCUAUAACCCCAUCCUAACCCCAAGUAAUAAACUAAUACAAACAUAUUGAGUGUUUUAACCUUAUUUUUUCUUGCAGCUCUUACAACUACAACCGUUCCUCCGACAACGACAACAGCACCGCCAACAACACGUGCAACCACUACAAAACCAGUUGAAACAACGAAAGAAACCACAACAAGCGAACCCCAUGCAGCUACUAAGAUUAUCGCACAACCCUCGAAAGAUGACGGACAAUCAAUCAUUAUGAUCGCGGCUGUUGCUGGGGGAGUGUUCAUUUUGAUCAUGAUUGUUAUCGCUAUCAUCACAUGUAUUUGCUGCAGAAAAAGGUAUGAAUGCGUUUCAGAACUCGGAGCUGGAAGGCACUUGCUCUAACAACUGAGAAAUAAUAUAUUUCAUUGUUUUUAUAGAAACAACGAAAAGGCUGAGUUGGGCAAGAAAGGUGUUGUGCCAUCGGAAAGGUAUGAACUCGAAUAAAAAUUCGCAACUUCAAUUUUUUGUAAAUUUCCUAAGGCCAAAAAAAAAAUAUGUGGGGUUCCGGUUUCUUCUUAUAAAAACUUAGGUAGGGUAGGUCGGUUUUAACUUUUUUUUUAAACUUUUUUUUUAAUUUUCCGAACAAGCGGACGCCAUUUUGUUUAGUCAGUGCUUCCACAUCCAAAGAUAAAUUUCCCUAAUAUUGCCUCAAAUUUCAAUUUUCCACAAACUUUUUCCUCUAGGUGGAAACACUUACAAGCAUGAUCCAAUAAAAAAGUUUAGGGUCGGGAUUUCGACGUCCAAAAGCUAGGUAGGGUCGGGAAACCGGAAACCCACAUAUUUUUUUUUUGGCCUAAUCCUAUUUGGUGUCGUGGUCAUAACGCUUGUCUUCCAAGCUGGGAGAACCGGGUUCAAUCCUUGGUCGGCUCUACUCAAGUUCUUAAAAUAAUUGAGGAGAAAGAGGUAUCUUUAAUUGACAUCAGUAAAUGGUUAGACUUUCGCGUCUUCUCGGAUAAGGACGUUAAAUCGUAGGCACCUCGGAUCCCCUAUCAAUUAGGCAAUAAGCCUGUUGUGAAAUCCGCUCCCCAAUGAGUGAGAAACUCCAUAAACAAUUCAUAAAGAACAGGAUCUUGAAGUUGAUGACUUAUGUUGCACUUAUUUUGACUUUUUAAAAAAUAUAAAAUUUAUAAAUUUACUCAUUUCUUAGCACUCAAAGUAAAGUGAUGGUUGAGUCUGAAAGUUUGUACGAAAAGUAGGUGUUAAAAAAUAAAACAUAUUUAAAUAAUACUUUAUAAAAUAGUCAGUAAAUUAAAAUACGAACUUAACCGCAUUUAAACGGCUUCAUUACAACUUAUAAUGAUACAAAAUAAACUCGCAGUCCCUAAAAAGCAAUGUUAGUGUCAUCUAGUCAUGAUCCAGUAAUUGAGAUGUUUUAUUCAGAGGUGCAAAGUAUCGGAACCUAGGAAGCUAGUUCCCAGAAAUUUUUGGGGAUGUGCAUUUUUGUAGAAAUUUUUACAGACACGUGAAAAUUGGACCGAUUGAUUAUCUAAAUUACCAAAUACCUGAUUAUUGAAAUGAUUAAACACCUAGUUAAUCUAUACUAACUCGAUACCUAAAUCACAGUGGAAAAGUUUCAUUAAAAAAAAUCCAUAUAGCCUGCGGUAGGAAAUUUGUUUUUAAUCCUGUAAGACUGUAACUACUAUGACUACUUCAGGAUUUAUCUUGUACACUUUAUCAGCCUUAAAGACAUAUUGCUUCACACAACAACACUUUAAGACAGUCACAAACGACAAUCUUGUUAUUUCCCACCUAUUUAUUGUAAUCUUUUUCAAAAAAAUCUGAGCCCUAAAUCCAGGUUCCAAGAAACCCACAUCUGGUAGUUCAUUGUCACUAUUUCUAAUGAUCAUCGUAUUCAAUUACAGGAUUAGUGAAUUAGACAUGGAACCUGUAAGAUACUCUGAAGCUGAACCCAAAAGAUACAGGUUGGUAUAAUCUGAACUGUUUAUUCUUCCCUUCGAAUGUGUCUUACGAGGAUAAAAUUUUUCAUAUGAAGAUUUUAUCCCACCUGACUGGGAGAUGAAUAUUUGCCAAUUUUGACCUAUAAUUUUUAUCUCUAUGUUUAUAGUCCACUACAUGACGCACACCGUGGUAUGAGUGAAAAUCCGCUGUAUCAAAGGUAAGUCCGUUAACCAAGUUUACAACUUUUUAAUAUUUUCCUAUAACUACGUACAGUAGGGUUGGUAGAUUGUAACUACCAAAUGACUCGAUUUUGUCAUCUUUGUUUUUUGGUUGGCCUGGGAAAAAAGUGAUCUUUUGGUGUGUAUUGUAUUUUCGCUAAAGCAACAAAUAGCUAUGUUUUCAUUUAAGAGGAGAUUUUUUUGUAUAUUACGUAACACGCGCUCAAAACUAAUGCGUAUAAUAUAUAUCACAAUAUCACUUAAGGUUAUGACUAAAUUCAAAAUUUUUAUUUUUCGAUACGUUUCUCAAUCGGCAAACAAACUUAAAAAGUAUGUUUAGUGCUUUAUCUGUAAAAUAAUGCUAAAAUGAAGAGAUUUUAGAUGAUACGCCAAAGAGAAAAUGAUGUCUGAAGUUCAGUAAGUUUUGCUUAUAUGGCUAUAAAUAUAUAUGGCGUCAAUUUUAAAGCAACAUUGAUAAUUGUAUUUUAAUUGACAAUUUUUAACUAUUAUUUUAUGUUUCUCAACCGGAAGAUGCAUUUAAAAAGGUAGCUAACUCGAUAAACUAGAGAAUAAAGCGAAAACAAAGUAAUUUUGAGAGGAACGCCAAAAAGAUUUUAGGUUUUGGACACUUUUCAGUGCAAAUACGUGACAUUGAAAAAAAUUGCCUCUUAACCAUUGUGUAAUAUCACGACUGGGUAAUUAAACCAACACACUGCGCGCUAUUGGUUGGUUGGGAGAAAAAACAAUACACACGUGACGAUAAACCGACCAUUUUUUGCAUAAACCAAGAACAAACAUAGAUAAUGACGUCUAUUAUGUCUGCAUCGAGUUCCCUAAAGCCCUGGGCAACCUAGGAAACAUUGUUUACUACCAAUGUUUCGCCAUGUUUCCAAGAGUGGGCAGACACUAGGAAACAUUAGUGAGAAACUUAGGGAAACAUCAAAUGUUUCUGAAUUCGCUAUAGGAAACAUUUUUGCUUCUUGGGAAGCAAAUUUUGUUUCCGCAACCAUGUUUCCAAGGGUGGGCAAACGGAAACAUUUGAGGAAACAUCGAGAAUGAAUCACAAAUGUUUCCACAACAAUGUUUCCUACCAAUGUUUCUCCAUGUUUCCCAGAGUGGGCAAACACUAGGAAACAUUAGUGAGAAACAUAGGGAAACGUCAAAUGUUUCUGAAUUCUCUAUAGGAAACAUUUUUGCUUCUUGGGAAGCACAUUUUGUUUCCGCAACAAUGUUUCCAAGGGUGGGCAAACAGGGAAACAUUUGAGGAAACAUCGAGAAUCACAACUGUUUCCUUCAAAAUUGACCAUGCAUAUUUUUUCUAGCGGUGGACCAGCUAAAGCUAAUUCCUCAUACGACGUACCCACCACUGCAAGAUAUCAAAACCACAACAACCUUCAUCGUCCACAGUCCGUAGGUAACCCCCUCCUUCCCUCCACCGCCCCCGCCGCCCCGGAAUCGAGCUACAUCGACGUAAUAAAAUCCCCAGAGGAGCUUCCCUCCAACUCUUUGCCGAUGAUAAAAUAUUUGGAGCCUUCAAGAAGCAGCCCCCAGGAUUUCACCGUAACAAUUCCCUUAGAGCGCUACUCUGACUCGGACGGCACCCCCACUGGCUCAUCUGCCGGGGGGGACGAUGUCUACGAAGCUAUGGAUGGAAGUAAUGCUUAGAGGGGUCAUGAUCACUGAUCUGGAAAAAUAGCUGGAUUGAUAACAAACUCCCACUGAUCUUCGAAAUGUUCUGGAUUGAUGGCAGCAUCCACUGACUGGGUAUUAUGACUGGACUGAUGUUCAACUUUUCAGAUUGGUGAUUGAGAUGUUCUCUCAGAGUUAAAAUAAUUUGGUAAUGUUGGUCAAUUUAGUUCCAACUUUUUCUUGAUUGAAUUCGCUUUAUACAGUAUCGCAACGGUACUGAAUAUUUAGAACUUAUAUAUUUUUCUCUUAUCUAUAGUGCUUUAAUAAUUUUUAACAGUUUAGUGAUAUAUUCAUCACUUUAAGCGCAAAGAUACAAUAUUUGAAACUUUGAAAGGUACAGUCCCAGGGGUGGAUCUACAGGGGGUGCGCACCCCACCUAGUGGUGUCUAGCACCCUCCUAAAGAAGUCCAAACCUUAAAAAUCUGCUUGAUCAUACAUUUUCUGCUUUUCGAAUUGCGAUUAGCGGAACUUCUACUGUUAGCGCGUGUCGAUUUCUUGAAACGAUUUAAUUGAUUUGUGAGCUCACGAGAAAAUACUCAGAAUGCUUUAGUUGAAUAUCAUGGUUAAAUGUAAACAUGUCGUGGUUGUUAUACAGCCAUGUUUUCAAUUGUACUUGAACAAGCACAUUUAGCGUUGCAGACUGCAGAGGAGAGUGGGCAGUAAGGCUCCCCCAUACACCACCCCAUGGAAAACUUGCACCCCUCCUUGCAGAUGAGCCUAGAUCUGCCUCUGUGCAUUCCCACUUCAACUUUACGAAAGUUAUCUAAGUUAUCGCUUUGCUUUCUUUAAAUGACUACUUGCCAAAAACAAUAUAAUUCUAAGUUUAUCUUAAUUUUUAUUAAUAAUAGUUUUAUCAAAGUAUUAUAUAUAACUUUUGUGUUUUUACGACCUUAAAUUAGUGUUAAAAUGUUUUUAACAAAGUUAUGAGGUUCUAUAAGUGUGUUUGAAAUAUAAGUAUUUUAUUUAUUUGCUACACAUCAGCCGAGGGAGGGGGGGGGGUUGCCAGAAUACCAGUAUAUACUUGAUUGAAUAGUGGCUCGAUAUACCAGUAUACCUAAAAUUCCAGUCCACCUCUGUCUGCUUGAUUACAGCAUCUUAGGUAAAUGUAGGCAACAUGAUACCCGUAUUUUAACCAGGGGUAUAGUCACGGGGGGAGUGGGUGGUCCGGUGCUCCCACCCCACUUUUCUGCAGGACCAAUUUU